UAUAUUUAUGUCGGACAGAAAUACGUCGAGAGCUACGCCGGUGAACAAUUUAUUUCAAUUAUAAUGAGUGAGCUCUCUGCAGACGCUGUGUGUUCUCGUGUCUUGUAGAUCAGCCUUUUAAGUUAAUUAUUUUAUGCGUGCAAGAUCCUAAUAAGUUCUGUGUAUCGAAUAAUGCUUUGGGAUGAAACGUUAGUGACGUCUCGCAGUGCAGCCUUGGAUAUUAUGGUUACAAGAAAAGGUGUAUUUUGAAAAUACAUCCAGUGUUUUCUGAUUGAAAACGUCUGUGAGGUAUUAAGUUGACUGUGCAGUGGUAUUGUUUAAGUGUGUAUUGUUGCAACAUUACAAUGUCGGGUGGUAGAAGCAUCGACAAGGAGCGGAAAUCUCCCAGGGAAAGCGGAGAGGAUUCCGAGGAUGAGAGUGAAAUUCUGGAGGAGAGCCCAUGCGGACGUUGGUUGAAGCGCCGUGAAGAGGUUGAACAACGCGAUGUCCCCGGUAUCGAUUGCGCACACCUCGCCAUGGACACAGAGGAGGGCGUGGAGGUGGUGUGGAACGAGGUGCAGUUCUCCGAGAGGAAGAACUUCAAGGCGCAGGAGGACAAGAUCCAGAUGGUGUUCGACAACCUGACGAGGUUGGAGCACCCGAACAUUGUCAAGUUCCAUCGAUACUGGACCGAUACGCACAAUGAUAAGCCGAGGGUAAUCUUUAUAACGGAGUACAUGUCCUGCGGGUCGCUGAAGCAGUUUCUGAAGAGGACCAAACGCAACGUGAAGAGGCUACCGCUGCAGGCGUGGAAGCGAUGGUGCACACAGAUUUUGUCAGCGCUCAGCUAUCUCCACGGCUGCGUGCCCCCGAUCGUGCACGGCAACCUGACCUGCGACACCAUCUUCAUCCAACACAACGGGCUCGUGAAGAUCGGCUCCGUCGCGCCCGACGCCAUCCACCAUCACGUCAAAACCUGCCGAGAAAACAUGAGGAACAUGCACCUCAUUGCACCAGAAUACGGAUCAUCGCAAAUGGUGACGCCAGCGAUGGAUAUCUACUCGUUCGGAAUGUGCGCUCUGGAGACCGCGGCUCUUGAGAUUCAGGGCAAUGGAGACUCGGGAAGCCACGUCACGGAGGAGCACAUCAUACGUACAGUUGAAUCUUUGGAGGAGCCGAGGCAGAAGGACUUCAUUUACAGGUGUAUAAAUAAGGACCCGUCGAAGAGGCCAACGGCCAGAGAACUCCUCUUCCAUCCUUUACUGUUUGAAGUCCACUCGUUGAAGUUGUUGGCGGCGCACACCCUGGUCAAUACGUCAGCGAAUAUAUCAGAGACCAUAACAGACGAAGUGGCAGGAGGUUCGAGCGGGGGUGCUCUGGCUUGGUGCAUUAAAGGAGGAGAGAGGGUGGAACUAUCCGCUAAGGAUUUACAACCCCAUGCGGAGAAACUGGAGAAAUUUGUUGAAGAUGUCAAAUACGGCAUCUACCCGCUGACGGCGUACGGGCCGCGCGCGCGGCGCUGCGCGUCGCCGGCGGAGCGCGCGCUGGAGGCGGCGCCGAGCGCGGAGCCCGCGCGCGCCGACACCGAGUCGCGGCGCGUCGUCAACAUGAUGUGCAGCCUCAAGCCGCCGCCGCCGCCCGCGCACGACGCGCUGAUGACGAUACUACUGCGAAUGGACGAUAAGAUGAACCGUCAGCUGACGUGCGCCGUGUCGCAACGAGACUCCGCGCAACAACUCGCCGCCGAGCUGGUGCAACUUGGUUUUAUACACGAGGCGGACCGCGAGAAGCUGUGCCGGCUGAUGGAGGAGUCCCUGCGCAGCAGCUUCGGGGCGCCUUCGCCGGGCCGCGCCGCGCCGCCGCGCGCGCAGCAUGUGGCGCAACAUGUGGCCAGCUAGUGUCGCCGCGCGCGGGGCGCCGCCGGGGCGCAACAUGUGGCGCAACAUGUGGCCAGCUAGUGUCGCCGCGCGCGGGGCGCCGCCGGGGCGCAACAUGUGGCGCAACAUGUGGCCAGCUAGUGUCGCCGCGCGCGGGGCGCCGCCGGGGCGCAACAUGAGUCGCAACAUGUGGCCAGCUAGUGUCGCCGCGCGCGGGGCGCCGCCAGGGCGCAGCAUGUGGCGCAACAUGUGGCCAGCUAGUGUCGCCGCGCGCGGGGCGCCGCCGGGGCGCAACAUGUGGCCAGCUAGUGUCGCCGCGCGCGGGGCGCCGCCGGGGCGCAGCAUGUGGCGCAACAUGUGGCCAGCUAGUGUCGCCGCGCGCGGGGCGCCGCCGGGGCGCAGCAUGUGGCGCAACAUGUGGCCAGCUAGUGUCGCCGCGCGCGGGGCGCCGCCGGGGCGCAGGCGGCCGCGCACACGCUACUCGUCUAGUUUCGCGGUACCCAUUUUCUUUUUAGGGCUGUAGAACAAUACCUUUUUAGGAACAUUUGAAAUUUCAGGAAACAAGAUUGACAUAGGUAUAUGUCUUGAGAUCAUUGGAGAUUAGAUAUGUAUAGGAUGAAACAGAAGUCACAUGUGGGUGUGAAGGAAUUUAGAUUGAUUUCAGUUAAAAUUUGUAAUAAUUUCAAUAAAACUAAGAAAGAAUUCAAUGCCUUAUUAAGAGACUAUGAAAUUUUAAGGGCAUAAUUCGAAAACGGCUUAACGUUUAUUGACAAAAUGUUCCGUUAUGCGAAACAGUAAAGAUUAUGCCAAAAAAACUUAUGAAAACUUUAUUUCAAGUACGCUUACGCUGAACAACCCCUGUUUGAUUAACGUUUGCAAUAUAUUUUCAGCUAUUAUUCAACAUUCCAAAAAUAAAUAAAAAUUUAAGUAUAAUUAUUUAGAACUCUUACUAAAGCUAACUACAUAAUUAAUUCGACGAUUAAUUUAUUUUAUGCUUUACAAGUUGCCAUGAAAUUAAAUGCUCCAACUGCAUAUAACGUCUCUAAAAUUAAUUCGCUUAAAAUAUUACUGCAAUAGAACUAGGAGCUAAAAAGAUAUACAUAGAAUAAAAUUUUCGAGUUGGUAUUGUUCUACAGCAAAUUUUAAUAACAAAAUCUUUUCAAAAACUGCUUUGAAACUGUACCCGAUAUUAUAAAAAAUACCGGUAUUAUUUCAUUUGUGUAAAUUUUAAUAUCGCUCUCAAGUGUCAGAUCGAAUUCACAACAUUUUGUCAAUAUUGAAGCAUAGUUUUAAGUGCGACCUACACGUGAUGGCGGUAAUAAAAUCCCUUGGAAAUUGUUAAUGUAAAUCAGUCAAUUUAAUUUUAAGCAAAUUAUUUAUUGAACUCCAAAAUUCACGAGGCAUCAAGUGGAAACGCAACUAUUUGAACUUAAUGUUGUAGUUUUGCUUAUUUCCAAAAUAUAAUAUCGUGGCGUGGUUCGUUCACGGCUAUAUCAUUUCUUCCGAAACUUGCGAACGGCUGUGGCGUUCUAAAAGAGUUGGCCGCCAUUUUGUUAAAGCGACGGUGUUAAGAUGGCCGCCAAGGGUUAUAGCAGAGGGAACUUAUCAGUUUAUAAUAAAUAUAGCUAAUUAGGAUAAAUAAAAUAAGAUUAGACCUGAUAAAUCAAACGGUAUUAUAGUGGCAUAAACAACUUUGCAUCUAAUUUUUCCUUUUUAAAUUACCCUCAGGGAUUACCCCCUUACACAUUUGCUAUAGCUAUGUCAAUUAGAUGUUGUUUUUUUGUAACUCUUUUCUUUAAUAAAGUCUACCUGAUGCUUCAAAUCAACUUAGUUUCCACGCCCAGCGAAUCCAUCUUGAAUCGAUUAUAAAUCAUAGUUCGAUCAUUCCAACUUUUCUAGAACGCCAUAGCCGCGUUAUAGUAUAGUCAAAUACGGUGGUUUUGCUCGCGUACUCGCGAGCGGUGCCUGUAUCGUAGCCUAGUUUUACGCGUAUUUAUACUAGUGUCGUUCUUAUGAGAGAUUUUUUGUAUUGGAGGAAUAUAUUCCCAUUGAAUGGCCGCGUUCAGUUAUUCCUAGCUUAUAGUAUUAUAGGGCUAGCCACUUGUGUAGCGGUCGUAGGGAGUUUUUGGAUGUCUGUGUCGACCGAACGUAUGUCAAAAUGGAUUUAUUUAAAAUGAGGUUAUUAUGAGGUUACGCAAAAAAAAUUGUCUACAAUUUGGUCUAAACUAAAUCGAUACUAGCAUCCAUGCUGUUAAUCGAAAAAAAAUGUCGUUACGUUAAAGAACUGUAAUUCACUUUAGAAAAGAAAAAACAAAAACAAAUAUUAGCUGAACUUCAAAUGUACAAAAAAAUUGUUGCAUUUAAAAAAAAUAUCAAUUUAUAUUGUGUUAGGACUAAUAAACGAAUUUAUUAGUGUUCGCGUUUACAUCGAUUUAAAUUUAUCCAUAUUGAUAUCGAUCUAUUACAGAUUAAUUCGAAUGGCAUGUAAAUAAAUUAGGAAACCCCGUUUCGAAAUAUAGAUUGUUAUUUUUAUUUUAGAUUCGAAUUGUCUGUAAUAGAGAGUAAAACUCAUAUUUUUAAAAGAACGCACAAACGCUUUCUUUGAAAAUUUGGCUUUGGUCGGAUUUUUACUGAAGUGCAAGAAAAGUUUUGACUUCAGUGGAAAAGUAGCCUAAAAAUGGUCCAAAUUACUUGAUUGCAUUUGACCUCCAAAACCAUGAGCUAGUCGAUGAAUCUUCUUCCUCGUUGCGGGGUUAGCUUUGAGGAAACUGUAUAAAAACUCGUUAGAUGUAAAGUGUUGUUAAGGCUCCGUGGCGCACUAAAUGUUGCCACAAAAUUUAGCAGAAAAAAAACAGUAUCCUUUUGCUCAGACCAACUUGUAUUUCGUCUUAUUGACUGGCAUUACUCUUGUCUUUAGAUGGCACAGAUCAAUCAGGGCAAACUUUCAAACGGUAUCAAUUUUGACAGUUGAGUAGAAAUGUUAAAUUACCAAUGGCAACACUGCAUUCGAUCGAGUAUCAGUGUUGACGUCUGCCAGCCUUUUAAGUAACCACUCUGACAAAUUUUGUGGCACCGUCUAGGGCGGGCUGCGGGCGGUUAAGAUCGGAUCGUCGUUUGUACAUCGAGAUUGCCUAGUUUUAAUAAUGGAUGUGUAAAUGUUAUGAUAUUUAAAAUAUUUAAUUAAUAUAUGUAUAGCGAGGCUUCCUCUUUUAGAUAUAUGGACGGUGAUAUGUAUACGGCGAACGGAACAUACUCAGUAUAAUAGGUUUGCGUUAGAAUUGGGUUCGGUAGGAACGCGGAAUUUAUUAGGCAAUUCGCAGAUAAGUUGUAGUUAAAAGUUAACCGGUUAUUUAAGAAAACGUUGGGUAUAUGAAUGGGAUAUAAUUUGGUAAAAUUUUAUAGUUCGGUAGAAAAAGAUUAAUUUUUUUUUUAGUCUUUAACCAAAAAUAAAUACAUUCUGCUUUUACCGCUGUACAAAAUUCUUAGUCUAAAGCAGUCAAAAAUAGUGUUAUGUUUUCGGAGCUGUCGAACAAGUGGAGCCUAAACGCAUAUAUUUUAGUGCCUACAUUUUUAAACGGUUAUUUUUAGGGCGUCGUCAAUUUCAGAUCACACAGUGUCACACUAGGAUCGUGUUGACUUGCACCAGGGUGGGAGAGGAAUCAGACAGAAUAGAAUCUUACAUUAAUAAGGCACAUUAGAAGAAAAUAAAAUAUCCAUUUUAUGACUUCGUAUUUUUUAAUCCUAGUAAAACAGACUAAAGACAUGUAUGUAUACUACUUUCAUUUCGUAGCCAUCUCCUCGCCCAUCCUUAUUUUAAAUCAUGAAAUUUAAUAUCGACGCCUUGUUCCUAAAAUUUCGUUUAGUUUUUGGUGCUCAUUCCGAAUUUAUUUGAAAUUUCGUAAGCGUUCGGUUCACAGCUGGUGCCAAAAUGCUAGGUGCCAAGGAGAAUGUUUUAGUUUUAACCGUCGACCGCUUUCUUCGCCGACGUUACGGCUUCCCGCGCAUUUUUUUUUUACAACAGUAUUUAAAAGACCUACAGCAUAUUUGUAAGGAGUUGUUAGCAAAAAUGAAUGUUAGAUCGUUCGAUAAAACAUCUUGUUUACGUUUCUUUUUGUCCUGCGUUUUUAGGUAAAAAAAAAUAUCUUAUAAUCAAUGUGCAAAUUAUGAAUACGUCCCUCGCGAAUUCAGCUUAGAUUUUUUACGGUGGUAAUAAAAUAUAAGAAAUACGCGUAUAGGUUUGUUGGCUGGCUUUUCUCUGAAACUUUGAUGUAAUAGUAAAUUACACUUACUAAUUGUAAAGCCUCUACCCCAUAUAAGGCAGAUAAAAGUAAAUAAUUUUUUUUUUAUAUUUACCAUUUUUCACCUACCUAUCUAAAUUCAAAUCAAAUAUGUUAUCUUCCAGAAUUUUAAUUGUGGCCUUAUCUAUUGUCUCUCUUUAUUCGACAUUAAUGCCAUAUCAUAAAAUUAAAAUCACAUUUGACAAAUUGGUGAAAAGUCAGCCUUAGAGUCAAUUCAUACCAAAGGGACAUUGCUCGCACACCGUCUUACGGACCGGCUAAACGACCAGCGACUCUUUCUAACUACGUCGAAAUUUAUUGCUUUCGACAAAGAUACUAAAGUUCGUUUUUCAUUAAAAAAAUUUUUUACAAUUUGAAGCUCCAUUUGUAAGGAACGUUUAAAUUUUUCAAAUAGGAAAAUGGUAAACUUAUAAUUUAGGUGCUUAAAUAUCAUCAGCAAAAGCAAAAUUGUGUUCCAUAAACGGUGAUUUCCAUUUGGAACACAUUUUUUUUUCAUUUCAAUCUAUUAUGUGAGCUAUUUAAAAAUCGUUACUAAAAGUCGAAAGCUGAGAUGAGAUCAAUUUAGCCGUAAACAAUCAGUUAAGACGGAACACACGGUCGCAAGUACGAGGUAUGUAGUUCCAUACAAUUUGACACAUGAAAACUACCCGCUUAAUGUCACUAGAUGGCAGCACCAUAUAAAACAAUACUUGUUGUUGUAAUGUGGUCUUACAUCAUUGUAAAUUCAAAUUCUUUAAUAAUAAUUUUAUUCAUUAUUAUGGUACACUUGCUAUCACUUAAUAAUUGUCAUAUCUUUCGGUUUCACAAUAUUGGUUGACGUCAAAUAAAUUAAAAAUUAGCAGUUUUUAUUCUUGAACGAUUUGUGGGUAUGUAUGUUGUUUUACAUACAAAUUAUAUGGAACUGCACGCGGCGUUGUCAAGACGUCGUGGCGAGCUGUGGAAGCGGGGUCGGGUUGUUAGUGUAGUGCAAACGAAAGACUGGCUGUAGGGUUAUGUAGCGAGGUAAGGUGCGGCGCGACGCCCGUGGACUGUCACUGAUGUUUGUGUGUUGAUGUCGGCCGCUGUGGAAGAUUUAUUUUCAAAAUUGGAUACAAGGUAUCACUUAUUGACGUCACAUCACUUAAAUCUAAUUGUAACUACUACAGUUUCCAAAGCGCAUGUGUAGAAGAAGCGGCGUAACGAACUACACUGUGGCAUAGUGGUGAAUUGUUUGUCACUGAGUCACAAGGUCCUGUGUUGUUCUAGACAAUUAAAUCAACGCAUGCGCGCGUCAUACAACCUGCGCACGCGCGCGAUACCUACAAAAAAAUACCGGUUUCUAAAGUAUAAUAUGACCAUCUCUUUUUCCGUGAAUUAAUAAGAUUCGAUAAAAGAGACAAUAUAAUGUUACACCUAGUGAGAAAGGAACUAAUUCUACACUGCUGCAUGAAGUUCCUUUAACAAAAUUACGAAGGCGCAAUAAGAUAGGACUUGCUUUGUACAAUUUUCCGAUUUACUCACAAAGCUGUACCCGGGCUCUUUUAGCCCACUAAUGACGCAUCAGAGACAAUCGCAUGGAGAAAGAAAAAAAAAACAUAAAACCUUUGUAAUUUUGUUUCUUGUGUUUAUCAGUCUCGAUGUUUUCUGUGUACAUAAAUUAGUAAAUAAAUUAAUAAUAAAUAAAUAAAAUACAAACAAUAUAAAAAAAUCACGCAUCUUUCCACAAACAUCAGUAAUAUUCCACGUUCCGUUGCGAGCAACGUCGGGAGGCAGGUAUCUAGCUAAUAAUGUGCGUGUCGUGUAAAUAUCGCUUCUAGUGUAACUAUAAUAUAAAUUAUUAUUAUUAUUAUACGGUCUAUAUACCAACCGUUAACGAGCGCUCUUGUACAUCAUCACUGAAAUUAAUAUUAUUGGCGUUGGACGAAACGGUUGACGCCAUUUUAAAAUGUGUUUUCAAAAUGGCGUCAACCGUUUCGUGUUGUGUCAUUUUGAAGAUCACUUUGUUAUCAGUUUUUUUUUAACGGCUGUCAAAUCAAAAUAUAAUAAAAAAUUGGAACUCAAAUUACAACAUGAUUUUUUAUAUUCUUUUUAAUAAUCUGUCAGUUAAAUGGAUUGCGUAUACUCAAGGCCCUCCGCUGCAUAAAGGUCUGCUGAAUUAUUGGCUUUCAAAAUGACUUUUGUUUUAUUAAAAUGACCGACAGUGAUGAUGUUUUAGUGAUGGUUUACAAGAACACUUCACUGCGUACUUUUAAACACAUACCAUACAUAGUAUUUACUGCGACUCUCCAUGCUUAUUUAUUGCAUUAUAGCUUUAUGUUUCUUAAUGUUUUAAUUUAUUUAUCGUUUUAUCUUUAUCUUGUGUCUUUUAAACGGCCAUUGAAAAUAAAUUAUUACCACCAAAUACAUUUCUCACUUCUCGAUCUCGAGGGGAUAGGCAGUGUCGAGAAAUCUAAAAAAAAUCGAAAGACACAUGAUUUUUAUACGGUAACCGAGUCAAUAAAUUCAAUAACUGAUGUAAUGUAUUUAUACAGCACAACUUUUAUUUAUGCAGUUUCUCAUACAAUCUACAUUGAAGGAUACAGAGUUUAAAAAUCAGAAUGGGUUUAUUUAUUCUGCGCAUGCGGUCUUGGCAUUGCAGUCUGAAGAUGCCAUCCAAGGUUUAGGGUUAACAUGUAUAUGGACUUAAAGAACUCAUGUAUGUAAAUAUAUAAAAAGGAGACGUCCAAUUUUAGAAAACAAUAGAAGAAAAUGAAUAAACAUAAAUGAUAAGAGACAAGUGAUUUAGAAAUAGUUAAAACCAAAACAUUAGGGCGUCUCCUGACUUUUGACAUGACCAUAGACUAUAAACUUACAUAUUACAUACAUACAUACAUAUGAUCACGUCUAUAUCCCUUGCGGGGUAGACAGAGCCAACAGUCUUGAAAAGACUGAAUGGCCACGUUCAGCUAUUUGGCUUAA